AUGGGCAACGGCCGCCGCGACAACGACCACGGCAAUGGCCACCACGAACACGGUCGGCAUGACAAUGGGUAUGACCCAGAGAGAUCGGACUCCGACUGGGAAGAUCAGGAACGGCUUGAAGAGGAGAUCGAUGAAGGCGAACUCACCAGUCGUCGUCCCUCCACCUCGUCGCGACCUCCACCACCGCCAGAUGUUAUUCGGGCCAAGCUGCAAAAAACCCUAGAUGACAAAGCUGAGUUCUUCAGAGUUGCUAAAGAUGCCUUCUACCAAUUCGACAGAGACAAUGACGACUAUCUGGACUUUGAGGAGACACAAAGACUCGUUAAAAGACUUUGUGACAAUCUUUCAGUACCAGAAGUGGACCAAGAUACCCUGACGCGGGUCUUCAACAAAUAUGAUGAGGAUAAAUUGGGAGGGCUAACGAUGGAUCAGUUUGCCCAAUUUUAUUGGCGUUUGUUAUGGAAUGUUAGAGACAAGUAUUAUUCGGAUCGGCAAGUACAAAUUCGACGAGAGAAUUACAUCGGUCAUUUUGUGAAUAUGAGGAAGGAUUUUAACAUUUAUGAGCGUUAUGAAUUUCGUCGGAAGAUUGGUGAGGGUGGUUUUGGAGUGGUACAUUUGGUUUAUGAUCGUAUCUUGAAUUUGAUAUGUGUAUGUAAGACAAUAGAUAAAUCAAUAUUAGGUGAAGGAUCUACUGAAAUAGAAUCAGAAAUACAAUCAUUAAAGAGUUUAGAUCAUCCUAAUAUAAUUAAAGUAUAUGAUGUAUAUGAUACUGAAGAUUACGUUUAUAUAUUGAUGGAAUAUUGUAAUGGUGGUGAAUUAACAAAAUUGAUUAAUGAUUCAAUGGCAAGAGGUAAAUUACUAAAUGAACUAUUUGUAUGCCACAUCAUAUAUCAAUUAAUUAAUUCAAUAAACUACAUUCAUCAACAUGGAAUUGUUCAUAAAGAUAUUAAACCUGAUAAUAUAAUGUUCGCUACACAUUCAAUUGGAUUCAAGAAUAGUGACAAGAAUAAUAGUAGUGGUGGUAAUCAUCAUCAUAGUACUAGUAGUGGUAAUCAUAGUAGUAGUAGUGGUGGUAAUCAUAGUGAUGAUAAUCAUGAUGGUGAUGAUAAUAUUAUUAUGUCGGUAGGUUUCAUAAGAUCUCUUUCUAUUAAGGUAAUUGAUUUUGGACUAUCAGAAUUCUUCAAUCAUGAAAAAUAUAUUAUGACAGCAGGAGGUACAGUUUUAUAUAUGGCACCUGAAGUAUUCAAAUUUCGUAUGAAUUCAAAAUGUGAUAUAUGGAGUAUAGGAUGCUUAUUAUAUGUCUUGUUGUCAGGACAUUUACCUUUUAAUGGAUCAGACUUUCGUAUCAUCAAACAUAAAAUACUUUCUGAAGAACCUAAUUACAAAGCACACUGUGGACAUGUUUCAUUAAGAGCGUUGGAUAUGAUAAAGCAAUGUUUACAAAAAGAUCAUCAUAAAAGACCAUCUGCCAAACUACUAUUAAAACAUAAAUGGUUCCGCUUACUCAACUCUAGCACAGCUCAACUUAUGGAUGAUGAUCCACGUCAUCAUCCACGUCAUCAUCAACCGCUUCCAAUAAUUAAUCGUGAGAUCAAGUUGAAUUUUCGGAAGUUUACAAAACAAGCUGAUAUCAAACUGGCACUGAUAAAUAUGAUGGCACAUCAUCUCGACUGGCGGGACACACGUGUACAACAAAUCUCCCGGCUAUUCAACGAUCUAGAUCGCGAUCAUAAUGGCGUGCUGUCCGCUGAUGAAUUGAGACGCGCACUCACUCUCGAACCAUGUCCCUUAGAACCAUGGGAUAUAAACAUGGUUCUACAAGCACUCGACGUCAAUAAUGACGGCACAAUCAGCUACACUGAAUUCCUAGCCGCAGCCUACACUUGGAAGCUAUCCGAAAUAAACCUCGUCUAUUCCGCCUUCAAUAAACUUGACACCGACCAAGAUGGUAAAAUCCAAACCGAAGACCUCGCCCUACUACUACUCGGCUAUGACCCCGGCCUUCAGGGACCCGACAAACCCACUGAUCACGACUUAACCAAAGCACAACUCACCACCAAGAAAAAACUCAAAAAAUCUAUCAACGACAUCGACACCAAUCAUGAUGGCAUUAUUGAUUGGGACGAAUUCGCCACAUACAUCACCAAGUAA